AUGACAACGAUGCAUGAAGAAGAAGUGGUCAAAGAAGUUGAGGUAUUGGAAGAAGGAGAAGAAGAGGAACAAAUUGUUGGAGUGUCGGAAACAUAUACUUUGAUUUAUGGAGUUCAUAACAGAUCUAGGAUAUAUAUGGACAACUUGGGAUUUAAGUAUUACAAACGACAAGUCCGAGGACACCGCGUGUAUUUAGUAUGCGAACGGCAGAAGAAACGGAACCAGUACUGUCCUUCCACUGCAACUGUUAGUACAAAUUUGAAUGACAAUAGAAUUCAUCUAGGGUACUACCAGCAUUACCAGCCCGGAGUGAUUGACCUGAAUGUGCCAUUUUUGAGAGAAACCAUUGGUGAAAGGGGAAUUGAUCCAGCAGUUACGUCAUUUAUGAGAACUUUGUACAGUAAUGAAAUUAUCAACCAUCCAGAAGCAGCUCCCAACCACACAUUUAUUCAGGCCCAAGAACGAGUGAAAAAGAUGAGACGUCGAAUAUUUCCAGGACAACCCCUUGACAUUGGGCGACUUGCAGUUGCACUGAAUGAAGCACUUAAUGCCAUGUACGCUUCUACAGUUCAAAAUCCCCCAUCUAGGUUCUUUCAACAAGCGUUAGUCGUCAAUGGAAGGAGUGUUGUUGAAUCUUUGCGAACAUGGAUGCAAUUGACAAACAGAGAAGAAUUGGCCACAGUGACAUUGGUUGGGAUUGAUGGGAUGUUCAAGACUGUGCCUCGUGUUCCAGCAGAUUUGAAAUGUUUCCUUAUUAUCCAAGUUGUUUUUAAAAGUGUUUCCUUUCCAAUGGUCUAUGCUCUUCUGAGGAGUAUGACUGAAGAAGUUUAUGCUGCUCUGUUUGAUAUUGUACGAAAUAUUUUACCUUUAAAUUAUCAAUGUGUUUGUUUUAUUACAAAUUAUGAAAAAGCUCUGAUGUCAGCCGUUCAAUGA